UACGACUUCUCGCCGCGCAAAAGGCGCAAUUCGAAGCAGAGAGUUCCAUCAACGAUCACAUGUCGUCCCAACUACAAUCUCGUGCGGAUAGCGGACCAAAUUAUUAGCGUCACUCAUGGUGCAUGUCUCAGCGUGUCGCUGCAGCUGCCCAGGAUGAGGUAAAGUAUAUAGUUUGGAGUCCCGUCACGUGUUCGCGACAGAGAAGCUGGAGGAUUCACAGCUUGGCCCCCAUCAUGUGCGUUCUCACAUUCUUUUUUCUCAACAUCGAACCCUCCAGCUUCAGACAUGCACCGCACAAAUACCACUCAGCUCACAGUCUUUCAAUGGCCUGCGCCAACUGCAGCGACGUUCACCUUCUCCUCACCUGACACAAUUCGAAUCUCCAUACCGUUUGGAAGCAAGUUCGAUAUCAGGACUCACUGGCACUACACCGAUCUGGAUACUUCCAAACUGACUUGGGUGUCCGGUGGCCCAGUGAUAGUCAGCUUUGGCCCCCGGGACAAGAAUCGAAGCGCCAGUCACUCCGGAGCCAGAGGCUUCUCUCACUCUUUCCAACUCGACGAAACCUCCUCGUGGGGCGUGCACUACAACCGAAACAGUGCCGAGCUGGAGGAGCUGCUGGUGGUCGAUAUCGAAGCGAACACAAAAUUGCACAGAAACAUCUGCAGUGCGAUCCUUGAUCGUGACAAGUUUCCGCGGCUUGCUUCCACCCCAUUCUGGAUCAAGGGCUUGUUCAUUCUGCUGUCGGCUUCUUCUCGCUUGCAAGAGUGGUUGCUCGAGACGAUGCUGAGAGUACAGCUGCAGACCAUAUGUUAUGCGCAUGACUACCACAUCUUCCAUGGCCGGAUCCCGUUCGAUAUGUUUUUUGUAUGGCCGCUAACUCCGAAAGUGCCUCUUGCGACAGAGUUGGAAUUUCGGAGUCGUUUCUGGAUCAGCAAGAUUGUGAUGUCGAGUUGUUAUUGGGUGGGGAGAAUCUUGCUUGGGAUGAAGGGAGAGUAUGAGGAGUAUACGCCCAAGUGUAGAGCGGAGUCAUGAGACCUUUCCGAGGAAGAGCUGAAGACAUUCAUGUACUCGUGCAUAUAUCCAUCCUUAGCAAGCCAUGCCAAAGUCUACCUCAAGAUGGGGCCAGAGCAGAAAGUUCGGGCGGGCAGUUCUCCCGGCGAGUAGUGUUGGCACAGUGCGAGGGAAUCAUGUGCGUUAAGAGAAUAUUCCGUUUUCUGAGCGGAGGAUGCCAUUCCAUCGAUCGACAAUACUAGAGGAAAGCCACAAGACUCGUCAGUGCUAUCAUUGAUGGGAUCUCACUCA